AUGCUUCAACAAAUUCUUCGUGAUUUGUACGUUGAUCCUGAAAUAAUUUCUGGUUUACCUGAUGAACAAAAACAAUUGUUAUUUUGUAAAAUGCGUGAAGAACAAAUUCGUCGAUGGCAUGAAAAAGAAUUAGAACUAGAAAAUAUUCAAGAAUUUAAAAAAUUGAAGAAUGGUAAACAAGUAAAAUUUAAAUUGGGCUCAGACGGAAAUGAAUGGGUUUGGGUGAUGGGUGAGCACAAAGACGAUAAAACAAUUGAACAGAUUUUAGAAGAACAAAUCGAGAUUCAAGCUGAGCAAGAAACAAAUGUAGAAAGAGAAGCAAAAGAAAUGGAAAUACAUAAUAAAAUGGAAGUUGAAACAAAACGUUUAUUGGAUGAAGAAUUGAGAAAGAAGCAAAUUGAAGAAAUUUCAAAUAAUAUACAAGAAGCUAGAAGAAUAUUUGAACGUUUGGAAAUAGAAACUAGACGAUUGAUGACGGAAAAAGAAGAAGAAGAGAAGCGUAAACAACAAGCAUAUUUUGAACGAUUAAAAGAGAAACGUAAACAUGAAUUAUUAGAAAAAUUAAAGGAACAACAAAGAAAAUCGUUGAAAGAAAAUGAUGAUAUAAACGAACGAAAUCGAGCAUGGGCAGCUGCCGAGGAAAAAGCGAAAAAAGCUGAACUCAUUCAACGUGAGGUAGCGAAAAAAGUUCGUACUGAUUAUCGUAAUUCCAUGCAAUUAAAUGUCUGUUUCGAUACAUCGCCAUCACCAUCCUCCUCAUUCUAUUCAUCAGCAUCAAAUUCUUUUUUACAUGCACCACCGUUAACAUCAUCAAUAUUAAGAUCUUCAACUGAUCUAGAUCAAAAUGGUGAACGUAGUAAAUCGAAAGAGAAAACGGUACAAAUUGAAUUUGUAAGAAGUACAACAAAGCCAAAUACAAUCGAUAAACCACUUAAUAUUAAUGAGUCGACAAAUACAUCAGGUUUAUUAUCUUCAAAUACCGUCCCCUCAAAACGUGACGAUGUUAAACAAUGGUUUCGUGAAUUAGAAAUUCCCUAUGGUUCAUUUUUAUCUUCAAAUGGUCACAUUGCAUGUUGGUUUCAUGGUAUAAUAACACGAAUACAAGCUGAACAAAUGUUAAAAUCUCAAAGAAUUGGAACUUAUUUGAUACGUGUAAAUGAAAAAAUAUUUGGUUAUGCAUUAUCCUAUCGAGCUUCGGAUCAUUGUCGACAUUUACUUAUUGAAGUUUUAAGCACAGAAAAUGGUGGUAAUAGUGGUGAUGAUCAUUAUUAUCGAUUUCUUGGAUCAAAAAAUGAAAAAUUUCAAAGUCUUAAUGAACUUAUUGAAAAAUACAGUACUAAUCCUAUCCGUCCAAAUUCAAAUGAUAUGCUCAUAUAUCCAUUGGGUCAGAUUAACGGUCAACAGCCCGAUUAUUUUGAUUUAUUUGACAAUAAAACACCGUCAGAUGAUUUAUAUAUAUUUUUAGAUACAACUACAUCAUUAAAUAGGUCUAAACCUUAUAAUGAAAUAGAUACACAUUUAUAG